GGUUAAUCCGACCCAUAUGGUGUAGCAGGAGGUUGGGUCCUACUAGCAGGAGAGGGAAGGCAGAGCAGAAGGGAGAAGACAGCAGGACGCACACUUGCAACACCUGCACCUGGUCGCUCUAUUUCCUCCCGCGGAGUGAUAUCCCAUCCGUAGAUGCCGAAACUUUGAAGGAUUUCGUUUGACUAAACUGUUCUCUUUUCUUCUCCUGAACGUGGACUUUUCCUUGAAAAACGCUGAAGAAAAAAAAUAAUAAAAAGGAUUAUUUCGCUUUGCCUGGCCGUGACUCUCCACAACUUUUCGUCAAAAGAGUCCAAAUCCAAGAUUUAGAUCCCUGUGGGCUACCUGCAUGACUGUUACUAUGACAACAUCUGGAGCCCAACUCCUCCUGUUGGCCUUCUGUGUUUACAAAGGCUGGGGCCUUCAGCAGUCAGCGCCACGGGUUCGCCUCUCUUUCAAAGAACUGAUGGACACUCGGGCGGCACGACCCUUCAGUUUUUCCUUUAACACAAGUGACUACAGAAUCCUCCUGAUGGAUCAAGACCAAGGCCGCCUAUACCUGGGCAGCAGGGAGUACCUGGUGGCUUUGGAUAUGCACAAUGUCAACAAAGAGCCCCUAAUAAUUCAUUGGCCAGCAUCUGCAAAGCGAAAGGGAGAAUGCCAAAUGACUGGAAAGGGAAAACAGGGUGAAUGUGCCAACUUUGUGCGGUUGAUUGAGCCGUGGAACCGCACCCACCUCUACACUUGUGGAACGGGAGCUUACCAACCCAUCUGUACAUUCAUCAACAGAGGCUGGAGGGCAGAGGACUACCUGUUUCGAUUGGUCUCUGGGUAUGUGGACUCUGGGAAGGGAAAAUGUUCCUAUGAUCCCAAACAGGAGAAUGUUGGAGUUCUUAUUGAUGGUAACCUGUAUGCGGGUGUCCAUAUUGACUUCAUGAGCACGGAUGCGGCUCUGUUUAGGACAAUGGGCGGGAGAAGCGUCAUCAGGACGGAGCAGUAUGAUUCCAGGUGGCUGAACGAGCCAGUGUUUGUUCAGAUCCAGCAGAUCCCUGACAGCGCAGAGAGGAACGAUGACAAGCUCUACUUCUUCUUCCGCGAGAAAACUUUAGACUCCAGCGGCGGUGCAAGCCCUAAUGUCUUAGCCAGGGUAGGGAGAGUGUGUCUGAAUGAUGAAGGAGGCCAGAAAUCUCUGGUGAGCCGCUGGACGACGUUCCUUAAAGCUCGUCUUAUCUGCUCGGUGAUAGGAGAAGAUGGAGUGGAGACACGAUUUGAUGAACUGCGUGAUGUAUUUAUUCAGCCGACACAGGAUGAACGAAACCCGUUGGUGUUUGCUCUCUUCACUACAGCAGGGUCUGUGUUCAAGGGCUCAGCCGUCUGUGUCUACUCAAUGGCUGACAUCCGCAACGUUUUCAACGGGCCCUUUGCCCACAAACACGGCCAUAAUUACCAAUGGACAGUGUACAACGGCAAGAUUCCGUAUCCUCGGCCAGGAACAUGUCCAGGAGGAACCUUCACCCCUGGUAUCCGCUCCUCCAAGAACUUCUCGGAUGAGGCUGUCAAUUUCAUCCGGGCCCACCCCCUCAUGUUCCACCCGGUGUACCCCAUCCACCGCCGCCCCCUGGUGGUGAGAACUGGCGUGGACUACCGCUACACUGCAAUCGUAGUGGAUCAGGUGGACGCAGUGGAUGGACGCUACCAGGUGCUCUUCUUGGGCACAGAUCGAGGCACCGUCCAGAAAGUCAUAGUUUUACCCAAAGACCAAACCAGGAUGGAGGAGCUGACACUAGAGGAAGUUGAGGUUUUCCGGAGCAGAGCUCCUGUCAAAACUAUGAAGAUCUCUUCUAAAAGACAACAGCUGUAUGUGUCAUCAGAUGCAGGGUUGACUCAGGUGUCGCUGCACCGCUGUGGCGUGUACGGUAGAGCCUGUUCUGACUGUUGUUUGGCCCGAGACCCAUACUGUGCCUGGGAUGGGGAAAGCUGCUCUGCCUUCACUCCAUCUACCAAGAGGAGGAGCAGAAGACAGGACGUGAAGCACGGCGAUCCUCUAAGGCAGUGCCGAGGCUUUAACGCCAAAGUGGAGAAACGUUUGAGGGAAACAGUGCAGUUUGGGGUGAAAGGCAGUAGCACCUUUUUAGAGUGUCAGCCUCGCUCUCCUCAGGCCACAGUCAAGUGGCUUUUCCAGCGGGAUGGGAAAAGGAAAGUGCUCAGCCGUGAAGGAGAUGUUUUAAAGACCAACCACGGUAUCCUCCUGAAGUCCCUCAACGAAUCGGACGCAGGUGUGUACCACUGCCUCGCCACAGAGAACAACUUCAAACACACGGUGGCCCGCGUGGCUCUGCGCGUCCUCGAUCGAGACAUCGUUUUGGCUCUCAGCGCUCGGGACGACGAAGAGGAGGAUCAUAAAACUCGCAACGCGCAACCUUACCCUCAGUCAUCGCUUAGCUCCACACCGUUCCCACCUGAGAUCAGACUGAUUAACCAGUACUGCCAGUCUUAUCGGGAGCAAUUCAGUCCCCAACAACCACAGCGCAAGCGUACCAGCCGGCGGCACACGGAAGGCCAGGAACAAGGUCCCGGUUAGGAGGCAUGAGCCUGUUUGGACUUAAUUGGUGUUGUUCAUGCAUGUUUGUGCAUCUCCUCCAUUCAUUCGACAGGUGAUGCUGUCAUGCUGUUUAAAGUACCAGAUUGGUGGUUUUGUCACAUGUCAGGCCAACCAGUUCAUAUUGUGGACAUCACACACCACUAGCGCAUUCCAGUCCUUCCAGAGCGCGUGACGUACAGUUCAAGUCAUACUUUUUUUUAUCUUUUGGGAAACAAAAAGGAAAACCCUAGCAGUGGUCGGGGGUUAUAGCAACAAUUGACUGCAUUGUUAAAUUUCCUCAUAGACCAACUGAAAUCUAUUGUUGGGUUGCAACCAUGCAACCUAGAAGCACUUCCCGUUUUUAUAUGCAUGGUAAACGUUUCAAUAUGGCAACCGUUCAGUUACGUCCGGAUGCAUAGAUGUCACGGUAUAUUUAUUCUAAAGUUUAGAGGUGAUAAUACAAGAACGAUAUUAAAAAAAAUAGCACAUCCAGCUAUCCAUUUUCUACCGCUUAUCCCUCUUGGGGAUCCCAGCUACACUCGCACAAAAGGCAUAACCUUAAAAAGAAAUACUUUUCACAAGACUAACAAUUGACCAUCUUUUUAAAAUAUUUGGUUGAUCACACUUCUAAACUCUAAAGGAGUGGAAAAGUAUGUAGAAACAUCAUUUUUUUUGCAUCAGUAAACAUUAGGCCAUGAAACAUAAUGUUGGACUUUGUUAUACCACAUUUAUACAUGUGUAUCCCAUAGCAACGACAUACUGUAUCUCGAUAUCAACAAACUUUUACAUAUAACGGAGGGCCUUAUAAAGUAAUUAUUAGGCUUAAUAAAAAAGUUAUUUCUGAAUAACAAAGUUGGUGGAAGGUAUUUUGCAAGGUUUUCUUGAGGCUAACAUUGCUUCGUAUGAGUUUACCACUACAAAUCAAACACACAAAUUAAUUCUGUGUGGAAGAUACCCAAAUAAAACUGCUUAUAUGUACUGUAUAUAUAUGGAGAAUAAGAAAAGUAAAUACGUUUUUAAAGUUUUUUUUGAGUUCAUAGAGACAUUUAAAAAAGUGGUGACCGUUAACCUGAUUGUGACCCAUUGUUGCUCCACUCGCAGAGUCACAGCAGCAAAUUUCUCUACUUUUUUUGUUUUACCAACUUUUUUCACUUACUUAAUGACGAACUAUCAGAACUCUGAAACAACCAUUUUUACAGGCAAAAACAGUCUUCCCUCACCACAUCUCAGAUUUUUUAAAUUGUAUUCUAUGCCAUUAUUUAGCAUAAAUUAAGCUUUUUCCAGCAGGAAAAUUGCUAAAUGACCAAAAAAUAUCAAUACUACAGUAGUAUUGGCCAUUAGAUGAAACCAAACUAAUCAGAGGUCGCUGUUCAGUAUUGUGGCCACUGAUUGGCUCAGCCUCAGGGAGCAAUAGUUAUUGGAAUAAGAGUGUAAAGCUGACUAAAGAGUGUUAUUUCAUGUCCACAGGGCUCUCAUAAUGUUGAAAAAUAUUAGUAUUUAGAAUGUAUUAAACAUGUUUUUAUGCACUAACUAUGAACAUAUUUGAUUUAUAAUUAAUGAUGCCUACUUUGCCAGAAUUCAUUAAUAACCUUCAUGUCUGGAACCAAUUAACGGCGAUAAGCUAAGGAUGCUACAUUUUCACUCUGCGUUCAAUUGACUUAAGAAUACGGUUGUUGGCCCCCCAAGCGCUUGAGCCUAUGACGACUGCAGUGGGCUGUGACGUCACGUGCAACCAAGCAAUAGCAAAAGCACUCAUCAGGCAUCUGUUUACUAUUAAUAAACAGUUUUCUCUCACAACUGCAUGACUCCUAAGACAUAUGUAACAAUAAAGUCUGCACCAUUGUGUCAUAUUCAGACGUCACUACACUGCAAGCUACAGUGCAUCGGAAAGCAUUCACAUCGCUUCACUUUUUCCACAUUUUGCUGUGUUACAGCCUUAUUCCAAAAUGUAAUUUAUUCAUUGUGGUCCUCAAAAUUCUACACACAAUGCCGUAUGACAAUGUGAAAAGGUAUUUUUUUUCUAAAUUUUUCUAAUUUAUUUAAAAAAAAUAAAAAAUAAAAAAAAGUCACAUGUCCAUAAGUAUUCACAGCCUUUUCUCAGUACUUUGUUUAUGCGGGGACAACGUGGCAAAGUUGGGAGAGUGGCCGUGCCAGCAAUCUGAGGGUUACUGGUUCAAUCCCCACCUUCUACCAUCUUAGUCACGUCCGUUGUGUCCUUGAGCAAGACACUUCACCCUUGCUCCUGAUGGGCCUGGUUAGCGCCGUGCAUGGCAGCUCCCGCCAUCAGUGUGUGAAUGUGUGUGUGUGAAUGGGUGAAUGUGGAAAAUAGUGUCAAAGCGCUUUGAGUUCCUUAAAAAAAAAGGUAGAAAAGCGCUAUAGAAGUACGACCCAUUUACCAUUUACCAUGCACCUUUGGCAGCAAUUACAGCCUCAGGUAUUUUUUAAUACGAUGCCACAAGCUUGGCACACCUAUCUUUGGGCAGUUUAGCCCAUUCCUCUUUGCAGCACUUAUCAAGCUCCAUCAGAUUGGAUAGAAAGCGUUGGUUUUCACUUCAAGAUGUCCCUGUACAUUGCUGCAAUUAUCUUGGUUUAGUCAGGGAGGUGACGAAGAACACGAUGGUCACUCUGUCAGAGCUACAUCGUUCCUCUGUGGAGAGAGGAGAACCUUCCAACUCUGCAACAAUCCACCCAUCAGGCCUGUAUGGUAGAGUGGCCAGACGGAUGCCAUUUCUUUGUAAAAGUUUGCCAUAAUGCACCUGAAUGGCUCUCAGACCAUGAGAAACAAAAUUCUCUGGUCCGACAGGACAAAGAUUGAACUCUUUGGUGUGAUUUCCAGGCAUCAUGUUUGGAGGAAACCAGGCACCGCUCAUCACCAAGCCAAUACCAUCCCUACAGUGAAGCAUGGUGAUGGCAGUGUAAUUUUGUAGGGAUGUUUUUCUGCGUGAACUGGGAGACUCGUCAGGAUAGAAGGAAAUAUGAAUGCAGCAAUGUACAGACACAUCCUGGAUGAAAACCAAUGCUUCCCAUCCAACCUGAUGGAGUGUAACAAUAUGAAUUUGUAGUUUAUUUUAAAUAAACUUUUAAAAUUCUCAUUAUGGGAUGUUGUGUGUAAAAUUAUGAGGAGAAAAAGUGAAGCGCUGUGAAUACUUUCUGGUUGCACUGUAAUAGGUGUUUUAAAAAAAAAUCUGACUGACUUUCAUGUAUGGGACAAGAAGGUGGCAACGCAAAACCACAAGUGUGGUACUUUUAAGUAUAUGGAAACAAAUGUAAUAUAUUGUUUGUGAAUAUAAUAUAUACCGUCAUGUAUUGUUGUAUUGUAUGAGGAUAUAAUGAUGGUGUAAAUGUUGCAUGCUUCUGUAUGUUGCUAGUUGCCAUUGUUCUUCAGACUUGCUGUUUUAAUGUUUAUAAGGUGUAAAAUGUUCAUAUUUUACUGUUGAGCUAAGUAAACUGUACUUUGCGCCCCAUGUCCUGUCCUCUUGUGACCCCCCCUCCCAGUAUGUGAGUGGUGAGACGUACAGUGACCUUUCAGUUAUGCACUUUUUCAGUGGUGGUGGGUUAUUUGGGAUGUUUGCACAGAUGUAUCAGUAAGUUAAUUUUUUUUUAAUGUACAGUGUAUUGUUAUAAAAAUUGAGAUGAUGUUGA